CCUCUGUGUUCCAUUGUAUUUCUUACUACGAAAUGAUGGAUGAGAGCAUUCAUCCGUACCGGGCAGAACCCUAACCACAGCUCGAAACUGGCCCUUGGCUAGCAUUCAAAAUAUCAAGAAGCUCUCCGGGUCGCAUCGCGUGAUGACUCUGUGCUUCCUAUGCCAUGAUCCAUGCCAUAUACCUGUCUGCCUUGCCUUAACACUUUCUGGGUUUCUUUACGGAGUAAGCGAUGAACUCUUGACGGCUAUUCAGCUCGAGAGCCAACUUUACGUGAGCAUCGCAAACCUCCAGUUCCCGCUCGAGUCGCCAGCAGUCAAUCGCUCUGUUCAUAAAAUCAAUAAUCCUCCUCUUUUAGGCAUCCCCAGGCACCAGCAAGCGCAGAGUCAUAAAUGUUCGCAUCUGUUGAGCAAUCACGGGAUUGCGCGUCGACUUCGCGUGGACAACCCCGGCUCAGUCUAGGCAGAAGAGCGCGCUACUGCGUCGGUAACCGCGCCACGACCCAUCAACUAACGGCGUCUUUUGGGGGGAAUCCAAUGUCCACGGUCGUUCUUCCCGGGUUGUUAUAAAGGCUAUGCCUAGUUCCUCUCUUUCUGCAAGUCCGAUUC